GGUAACAAAACCAAGAACAGAUUAAAAGCUCUUGUAAUCAGCGGGAGUGUCGCAGCUGUGGUCGCAGUAACUUUGUGCAUUAUUUGCUACAAAAUGAAACAACUUCAUGCCGUUUUGGAGAAAAGCCCACUUUUAAGGUCAAAAUCUAAAAUCGUUCACUUAUUACAACGGGAGGUGAUCCCCGAGAGGGUAACUCUACUAGAAGAGUUGGGACAGGGAGCUUUUGGGAAAGUUCACAAAGGAGUUUUGAGAGAAUUACCAAAAUCUGAAGUCUUCUACAAACCAAAGAGGGAAAGGAUCAACGAAGUGAGUAAAGAAACUGUUGUUGCUGUCAAAGUUUUAUUAGAUACGGCAAGCAAGGAAAAUAAAAAACAGUUUCUGCAAGAAAUUGAAUUUAUGAAGAAAAUUGGUUCCCACAGGAAUGUGCUGGGCAUGAUUGGCUACUGGGAAAGGUCAGAACCAAUCAUGCUCAUCCUAGAAUAUGUUCCGCAUGGAGAUCUUCUUCUGUGGCUACGAAACAAAAGACAGUUUAUUUCAUCGCAUCAACAUGCCGUAGGUGACCAAACUCCGUUCACUUGUGAACAGCAAAACAAAGGGGCAACACGAAUGAUGGGACUAACAAGAGGAAUUCAGUUGACAGAAGAUGAUAACACAACUCGCUUGAAUGAAAGCCCAGUUUCAUUGGAUCCCGAGAAAACUGAGGAAAAUGCGGUCCGUCGGAGUGAGGUGAAGAUCAGUGUUUCCCCUGGCAAUGAACAACACGGCAAGGAUAGUGAGGGCCUUUCUGCCGACGAUCUUCUUUGCUUUGGAUGGCAAAUAAAUCAGGGGAUGGAUUACUUGGCCGGCAGAGGAUUUGUUCAUCGGGAUCUGGCUGCGCGUAAUGUUCUUCUUGGUGAGGGCAGGACUGUUAAAAUUGCUGACUUUGGACUGUUACGUCACACGUACGGUGAAAUAUACGAAGUGAAGCAGAUGAAGAAACUGCCAAUCAAAUGGACGGCACCGGAAGCGCUCUUUUACGGCAGAUAUACUUCUAAAAGUGACGUAUGGUCUUUCGGAGUUCUCCUGUGGGAAUUGGCUACGAUGGGCGGCAUUCCAUAUCCUGGAAUAAGCAACAAAGAGUUAUACAAACUUCUAAAGACCGGAUAUCGGAUGGACAAACCAGACAUGUGUUCUGAAGAAAUAUACAAGCUAAUGCUGGAGUGCUGGAAGGAAGAUCCCAAGGAAAGACCAACAUUCAGGGACCUGAUUCAAACACUGGAAGAAAUGAUGACUAAAGACACUCCUUACUAUGACUUCGACAAACUGGACGAGAAUGAUGCUUGUUACGAUGAAGUCAUUUCUGACUGCAGUGACACUUACGAUCCAGACACUCGGUUAUAAUUUGCUCAUUUCAAAUAAUUGAAAUGAGUUAAAUCUUCAAGAGUAAAGUUAGCUCAAGAGCUAGUUGGUGCAUCAUGCCGGAGCUUCUAGCCUCCCUUCCCCCUUUAGACGGUGUACCAUUUUAUUAUUUUAUCGCUUCAAGCAUUCAUCAGGUUUUCCUAACAGUUCGACACUAUUGUUGUAAUAUUAGGUGGCCCUGAUGUUUAAUGCGGGCCGCCCUCUAAAACAGCCAUGUGCGUUUAGUGAAAAAUACUAUAAUACCAUCAGUUGCUAGAACUCACCAUCGUUCAGUUAAAUUGAUAAUUUUUUUGCUAAAACUUACGACAACUACCAAUAUUGGAUCUUUCAAACAAAGACCAUCGACAAGAUUAUAUAGAACCCAGAGAGAGAGCAACACAUGAGUAUCUUGAAAUCUUUACGUCAACUUAGCACUUCGUAAUCUUCUGUAAUAGGCAGCGUUUUCCUAUAAGCCCAGUUCCUUAAAAUGUGGAAGUGUAGAAACUCGAAAAUGAUUUCUUUUCUCGAAACUGAGCUAGUUUAGGUUCUAAGGUAAUGAAGACGUAAAAUUAACUUUAUUCUGCGCUUUGUUGUUGGUUGUUGUUUAGGUGGCACGAGUACACUAGAAUGACAUAAUAGGAAAGUUUUUUUUCCUCACUCACGAGUUCUUACCGUAUUUUAAAGUAAUUUCUUACCCAUGAUGGAACAAUCAAAUGGAAAAGAUAAAAUGUUGGCUUGAUAGCUCAGUUGAUAGAGCACUGCACCGGUAUCGAAGAGGUCAUGGGUUCAAAUCUCAUACGGGCCUGAAUUUUUUUCAGGCCUUAUUUCUAAUACUACAUAAGUAGGUCUUAUAACUACGAGGAUCCCUGUCAUACAUUUCAUGAAACUGCAGUACACAAAUCAUAUGAUUUCAUAUAUUCAAAAUUCAUCGUUUUUGUUGUUUUUAAUUUAUGUUUCUUAAGAGCUGCACACCCUGUAACGGCUAAAUAUGUAGUUGUCAUUUCUCCAAGCUUUCCUCCAGUAUGGCACAUCUAUAAAGUAACAUGGUUUUAUUCUGUAAAAGUGAAUAACACACGUUAAAAUUCGCGACAUGAUUCAAAGAGGGACUUGACAGGAAUAUGAAAUAUAAACUUAAUUAUUAAAAACUG